UACUAAUAGAAUUAAUGUUUCACAAGCAGUGGCCAGAAACAUCUUGCACAAACAUAGAAUAUGGGGACGUAUUGCUGCCAAAAAACCAGGCCUAACUCCAAGACAAGCAGAAGCACAGCUUGUAUGGUGUAAUGCUUGUAUAAACUGGAGUAAGCAGAAGAAAAAGUAUUAUGGUAUGGGAUGUUUUACAGGAAGAGAAAAAGGACCGUUGGUUUUUAGAAAAGAAAGAAAUGGUAGUGGCACAAUUAAUUCACAAAGAUAUAUAGAAAUGUUGAAAGAAAAUUUAAUACCAUUUCGGUAUAAAUUAAUUGCAAACUUUGGUAAUAAUAUAACCUUCCAAGAUGAUAAUGCUCCAAUUCAUACAGCAAAAUAUACUCGAGAAUGGAUGGAAGGUGAAAAUAUCUAA